GCUGUAACAACGACAAUAACAGUAAUGAUCAGGUCCUUUUCUGAUUCAGUGUUCUCCUUAGGCUCUACACACAGGUUCUUUCAUAGAACUCUGAGUGUGUACCCGUCUGUGAUGGGGAUCCCUGUGGUGGACUUCAGCCCCUACAGGCUGGAUCAGAAGAAGGUUUCUAACAGCCAGCUGAAAAACUUAACUAAGGAUUUAAAAAGAGCUUUUACAGAAGUUGGCUUCGUUGUAUUAACCAAUACUGGCAUCACACAUGAAGAGGUAGACUGUGUUAUGGACAUAUCCAGGAAGUUCUUCAAGCAGUCAGAGAAACUUAAACUACCUUUCAGCAGAGGGAACUUCUCACAAAGCUCCAACCACGGCUGGGUAUCUCUGGAAACUGAGAGGUUGAAUCCACGUCGACCCGGAGACCUAAAGGAGGCAUUCAACGUGGCUUUACUUCAGUCAGACAUAAGAUGGCCGUCGGUGGAGUCGAAGCAGAAAGAGUCGUUCCAGGACAUCCACUCGUCUUUCUUCCUGCGCUGUAAAGAGCUGAGUCUACGGGUGCUCAGGGUGAUGGCCCACGGUCUGAACCUGGACCCAGAGGUGUUCGUCGGCCCACACCGGAACAUAGGAACGGAUAAAAACAGCACCGCCCUGCGCUCUCUCUACUACCCACCCGUGAAUAGUGAGGAGGCCAAGGAGGGUCAGCUGCGGUGUGGAGAGCAUUCAGACUACGGCAGCAUCACCCUGCUAUUCCAGAGCUCUGAAGGACUGGAGGUGCUUAGUCGCUCAGGUGAAUACAUGGCUGCUCCCUGCAUCCCAGGAGGAGUCCUUGUCAACAUCGCUGAUCUGAUGCAGCGCUGGACUAGCGAUGAGUUCGUAUCUGUGCGGCACCGGGUCCUGCUGCCUUCUUCUGGAGACUCCCGAACUCGUCAGUCCAUGGCUUUCUUCGUCCAUCCAGAUGACGAGUCUCUGAUCACCUGCUGCGACGGCUCCGACAAAUACCCUCCUGUGACGGCAGGCGACUACCUUAUUGAGCGCUUCAAAAACUCCUACGGACAAUAAUGAAGUCUGCACAUCAUUUGAUUUUUUAAACAAACUGUGGAUUGUGUCGUCAGACUUUGAGUGAAGGACUGAUCACCCUGCUGACUUUUAAAGAAGUGCCUUAAAAGCUUUUUUAUGUGCUGGGGCGCCGGUUGGCCUCGCGGUUUAAACACUUGCCUCAUACUGAGUCCGAAGCUUUCAUCGCAGUGGUCGCUGGUUCGACUCUCCGCCAUGCUUUUAGCAAGUUACAGUGGCAAGGACAAACUUCCUUUAACAGGCAGAAACCUCCAGCAGGACCAGACGUGUCUCUUAUUCAGUAAAGGAGAAAAAUUACCACUAAAUAAAAACAACAACAGUAAAAUUAAUGGUGAGACUGACAUUAAUAGUUGUAGCAGCUGGAGUCUGGCACAUCCACAGCAGCAGGUCGUCUACGGCAGAGAUCCAGAGCAAACCCACGAGACAAGGGAGCUCAGGGACUCCAGAAAGGUCUAUGGUUAGUAACUUUAAAGGGACAGGAAGAGUUAAAGUAAGUGAUAGGCAGAGAGAGGGAAAGACUGGAUCCCUGUGUGUCAGUCUAAGCCUAAAGCAGCAUAACUAAGAGCUGGUCCAAGCCUGAGCCAGCUCUUACUACCACUAGGAAGAGUGAGCACAUCUCUCAUGUGUUAGUCUCUCUACACUGGCUCCUCAUAGAAUCUAAACUAGAAUUUAAAAUCCUUCUGACCUGCUAAGCUCUUAAUGGUCAGACACCUUCCUAUCUUAAAGAGCUCAUAGUCCCCUAUAACCACUCAGGAACAUUACGCUCCCAAUACUCAGGUCCACUUGAAGCAUAACUCAAGUUUUUAAAAGUAGUUUGGGAGGUGGCGUCUUCAGUAUCAGGCCCCUCUCCUUUGGAAUGAGAAGCAGACACCCUCUCUAUUCUUUGAUAAAGCUCAUAGUCAGUACUCUCUCCACACAUUUCCACUCUCUCUUCAGGUGUUCAGAACAAUCAAGGCAAAGAUGCCAGAAAAACCACUUCAGUUAUGCUAAGGUAGCUAAUCAAACGUAUGAAUAUGAACUUUAAAUCAGUAUGUUUGCACUGUUUUUAUCUGAUUUUCAUAAGAUUGUACUUUUAAAACAAUCCCUGAAUCUGAAUGUGAAUUUCAAAAAUCACAGAAUGUAUUUUUUGUAACUAAUUGUGUGUUUAAUAAAGAGACAAACCUGCUCAUUCA